CCUACUUGACAGCCGUCGCGAGCACAGCCUCUUGAACAGUAUGGCGUCCGAAGAGCUCGCACGGAAGCUACAGUCACGGCUGGCUGCUUCGGAGGAGACCGAGACGGAGACCGAGCCUAAGCCCGCUCUCGAAGAGAACCUCGCCGCAACCAAGCUUCCAGAGUCCUCGGCAGCAUGCGGCGACUCUUCCUCCGAGCUCUCCGCCAUACUAAACCGCAGGCUCGACAUCAACGAGGGCAACGCUCCCCCUCGGGCGAGUCGUGUUUUCAACCCCUACACGGAAUUCAAGGAGUUCUCCCGGAAGCAGAUUAAGGACAUGGAGGUGAUGUUUAAACGGUACGACACCGGUAAAGAUGGCUUCAUUGACCUCAUGGAGCUCAAGCUGAUGAUGGAGAAGCUGGGGGCUCCUCAGACCCACCUGGGCCUCAAGAACAUGAUCAAGGAGGUGGAUGAGGACUUUGAUGGAAAACUGAGCUUUCGAGAGUUUCUGUUGAUCUUCCGGAGAGCAGCGGCUGGAGAGCUGCAGGAGGACAGCGGUCUGAUGGCACUGGCCAGGUUGUCUGAGAUCAAUGUUGCCACAGAAGGAGUGAUGGGGGCCAAAGACUUCUUUGAAGCCAAGGUGCAGGCUCUGUCUGUGGGCAGCAAGUUUGAGGCCGAGAUUCGAGAGGAGAAGGAAGAACGCAAGAAACAGGAAGUGGAGAAAAAAGAGAGGCAGGCCGCCUUCAAGCAGCUGCAGUCGGCGUUUUGCUCGUGAUACAGGAAGUACGCAGCAAUCCCGAAGAUGCAUGUUCCAUGUUCAAAACAUAAAAAAAAAAAAAAAAAAAACUACAUUCACAGUACUUUGAUUCUUAAAUGAUAUUGCUCCAAAUUUGGCACUUUAAACCACUUAUGUAGUCGUAUGAAGUAACAACCAUUUCAAAUUUGUUAGUAUGGUGUUCAAUAAUAAUAAUAAUAAUAAUAAUAUGGUGACUGCACUAUUUGAAGAAAACAUACAGGACUGGUCCAAAUUCAUGGCGUUAUCUCUCCAGUUUACUCAGCUUUUCCCUGUUUUUUUUUUCUUAUAUACAUGUCACAAUGUACCAGUAUUGAAGUACUGAAGUGAAACUAUAUUCACGUCGUCGUGUUUUUCAGUGACUACUGUUUACGUUGUCAUACAUCCCUGCGUUGGCUGUGUUCCUCAUUUGGGUCUGGAAGGCGUUAUGUUAUGUUCUACUACGGUCAUGUCGUUUCACUUUUUAAACGGAAUUCAAAUAAGUGUAUAUUUGUGUGUUUGUGUGUAAAAAAUAAUAUAUUUCAGUAAUUGCAUUACGGUUUACUGCCAUUGGAUUACUCGUGUGGAAGAAUUGGGCUUUAUGACUUCAUUUGCUAAACUCAAGUUGUUCAUUAUUGAGGACAUAUUCCAGAAUAAUUUUCCCAACAUUCUAAGUGUGCUGCAGUUUUGACCAAAACAUGUCUGACACGUUAAGACAGCUCGGAAAAAAAAGCGUAUUAACGCUCCUUUAAGGUUAACAUCCAAUACUUCACACCAUUCCCUUUCAAAGUGUGCGUUAAGGUUGUAUUGUCACAAUUUUGUCAUUUCUGAAUGCUUAUUCUUAUUACAGAUGUUUAAAAAAAAAUAAUUUGUGUGUGUGCAGAGUAAAAAGACAAUGUAUAACGCGUCAUCCAAUCUGACCUUAGUUGUUUGUGAAUGUGUUUCAUGGCAACAUUUACCGCUCUUUUAAUUGUAAUACAAGAGCAAUGGAGUAACGUUCAAUGACAAGUCAUCAAGAGACUUGACUUCCAGUAUCAGGCCCGCCAUCCUCCUUUUGUUCACGGUUGUAUGUUGCACUCCCAUAACUAAAUCCACUGUGCAUAUCACUUACCCUCCUGGGUGUUUUGUUGUGAAAAAAUGUAUUUUUUCAUAGAUAAAAUAGUAUAUAUUUGUUUUAGCAGAGACCUAUAUGUUGCCAAACAUUCAAAUGUUCAGUGAAAUAUAUUUUUGGGCACCUGAAAAGAUGUAACCAUACUUCCUAACAGUUGGGGGUGUAUUUCAAUAAAGGAUUGAAAGCACAAA